AUGUUCCAACUACAUCCCCUCACGGCGGACGACCUCCCGGCUCUGGUCGAUCUGUGGUAUGAUGCCUUCAGCAUUCCCAUCAAUCUCCGCCUGUUCCCCGACACGGCUGGCGUCCGCGCCUGGCUGGCGGCCUACCACCGGGCCAGCCUCGAGCGCCCGGAUCAACACUACCUCAAAAUCACCGCGGACAGCGCAUCCUCGCCUCCCCUGGUGGCUAUGGUCAAGUGGGACUUCAAUACCACGGCCCCGGGCCACCGCUUCCCGGUUUGGCAUGCCGACUCCGACCGGCCCUUCUGCGACGACUUCUUCGGGUCGAUGGACGAGGCCCGACGGACGAUCAUGGGCCCCCGGCCGCACUACUAUCUGGACACGCUCCUCACCCACCCGGACUACCAGCGGCAAGGGGCCGCCUCGAGGCUGAUCCGGUGGGGAUGCGACCGGGCCGAUCACGACGGACGACCCAUCUGGGUCGAUGCCAGCCCGGAGGGAGCCGCUCUAUAUCAACGUUUUGGCUUCCGCGAUGUCAGCGUGCCGGGCAUCACCCCCGAGGGGGCCAUUUCCAUGCUCCGAGAUCCUGUAGUCAUGCAUUCUUGAUUUCUUCUGAAUAAUAGAUAAAGU